GCCAGCUGUGUUUGAGAAUGCCUCGUCUGUUCUUUACCUGCAUGCUUGUGCGUAGUCACUUCAGUCAUGUCUGACUCUUUGCGACCCUAUGGACUGUAGCUUGCCUGUCUCCUCUCUCCAUGGGAUUUUCCAGGCAAGAAUACUGGAGUGGGUUGCCAUGCCCUACUCCAGGGGAUCUCCCGGACCCAGGGAUCGAACUGGAGUCUCCUGUGUCUCCUGUACUAAACAAAUCCACCCUUACACAACCAAGAUUUAUGCCCAUGGUAGCGAUUUGGCAGAAUAUGGUGAAACUCUGAAGGCAAGUCCCAAAGAAGAGUUAGUGUUUAAGUGGCUGCAACAUUUCUGGCACAAAUACACAGCUUCCCAAAAUGACUGCUCACUUAGAUGGGUUUCUGAAGGCUCCAGCAUUUCUCCUCCCUGUGACAAUCUCUUUAAUGAAGCAUUACCCUCAGACAAUCAAGCACAAUUGAAUUCCUGCCUAAAUGUUAACAAUUUGAUGAGAGCUUUUAGCACUCUCUUGCAGCUCUGGGCUCCUGACAUGCCAGGUACCAAUGGGUAUGGAGAAAGCAUGCUUCUCCAAGAUUCUUCCUCACCAUGGCAACCAGUGCAGGCUGAUCUGUGUCUGUCAGUUUCCAGGCUGGCGACUCUACAGGGUCACCUGUGCCAUAGCAACAAGAGAAAACUGCGAUUGACUUCAACAUUUCAAGUGCUCUGGAAACAGGGUUUCAAUCCCAGGCCCCAUCUUAUUCUGCUCUGUAGUUUCCUGGUGAGAAACUAUUUGACUCCAGAAGUUGGGGGCCUGAGAACAACAGGGUGCAAGGGAGGAUUCUGGGAUGUAAGAGACAUUGAUUGCUGACGUGGAUAAAUUGGAGCUAUCAGCUGAACCAGAAGGAAAUAAAAAGUAUGACUUCUGGGGGAAGGGAGGGAACCACUUUAAUAAAAACAGCUUGCAAUUUAGGCCAGGAAGUGAAUUACAAGUUCUUCACUC